AUGGUGACACUGCCGAUUAGAUAUGAUCAUGAUAGUGGUGAUGCUGGAUUCUACAUAUAUCUUGAUACCUCUACUGGUAGCAGCGGGGACUAUGCCCAGCUUUUAUCAGGGACAAUAACACCAAGCUCUGAUGGCGUCUGCCUAUUAUGGUGGUAUAACAUGAACGGACCUGAUAUCAAUAGGCUAGAGGUUUGGAAGUACGGAUCAAUCAAGGAAUGGGUAAGGGCUGGACACCAGGGACCGGACUGGAAGCAAGGACAGCUCUUCCUCACAGGCAGCUUCAGGGCUGAUUUCCAAGGUUAUAGAUCAAGCGGAGACAGAGGAGAAAUCGCAAUUGAUGACAUCUCAUUCAGUAGUGGAAAUUGUCCUCCACAAAGAUAUUGUGAUUUUGAGCAUGGUGAUUGGUGUGGAUUUGAUCAGGAUUACAAUGAUCAAGGAGAUUGGAAUGUGGAACCUAAUGAUUUCAGCUCCUUGGCCUUAACCUAUGGACCUGAUACAGAUCACACAUAUGGAACAAGUCUAGGCCAUUUCAUCUACGUGGACAGUGUUGUGAACAACGUCCAGGCCAAGGUCCGUCUUAUAUCACCAGUCUACCCUUCCACCUUUCAAAGAUGCUUGAGACUGUGGGCUUUUAGAAGUGGAAACAGUCCCCCUCAAUUGACAGCCACAGUGACCAUUGGGGAUACGCCUUUGACACAGAUCUUAAGUAUCGAUGAGGGCGCUGGUGCUGAUGUUUGGCUUGUGUAUGAGGCAUCACUUUCAAGCAGUCUAUCAUACACGAUUGUUUUUGAAGCGACUGUUGGUUCUGAUGGAGUUCUUGCCCUUGAUGACAUCGACUUGAACAAAGACUACUGCUCUCCAGUCGGGUCAUGCGAUUUUGAAUAUGACACGUGCACCUAUUGGAAUGAACCUUCUAACGAUGAUUUUGAUUGGAUAAGAUGGAGUGGACAAACCCCGUCUUUGAAUUCAGGGCCGGAUACUGAUCAUUCUACAGGAACCCCCGCAGGCGUUUACAUGUACAUUGACUCCGCCGCACCACGUCAAAAUGGUGAUAAUGCUAUAUUGAUAUCUCCAUCUGUUGAGGGUACAAAGUGCCUCUCCAUCUGGUACUAUAUAGAUGGCGCCCUUGGAGCUCUUCUUGAAGUAAUCACAGAUGAUAACGUGAUAUGGAAUCAACCAGGAUCUUCGACUGGUGCAUAUUGGUUGCAUGCAACAGUCUCGACGAGUUCAGCUAGUCCAACGUACAUGGUUCGCGUCAAAGGCAGUGUUGGCACGCCCUCUCAGAGUGAUAUUGCUAUAGAUGAUAUCAGCAUCUUCGAUGGCCCGUGUGCAGGGGCUACUAACCCACCACCAUGUCAGUUUUACUGUGAUAAUGAUGUGUGUUUGAAGGAUGCUACCUUGGUCUGUAACUUCAAAGAUGACUGUGGAGACAGCAGCGAUGAGUUCAACUGCGGCACGUGUGAUUUUGAGUCAGACUGGUGUAAUUACACUGAUACUAGUAUAGGUAGUAUGGUAUGGCAGCGAGGUAAAGGGUCUACUUCUACAGCUGGCACCGGUCCAUCCACAGAUCAUACUACAGAUUCCAGUGAGGGAUACUAUCUAUACAUUGAUGCUAGCCAGGGUUCCAGUUACAGUGAAGCUAGUCUAAUGUCCCCUGAAAUGAAUGAGGCUAGUCCUACCUGUAUUCUUGAGAUCUGGAUUCAUAUGUAUGGAAAAGACAUUGGAUCUCUUGGUACAUACAUCGUAUCUGGAUUAGAGAGGGCUCUUUUGUUUUGGGAUGAGAGAACUAAUCGAGAUGAGUGGUUUAGAUCAUCUGUUGGUGUUGGUCGAAUCAGGGGAACUUUUCAGAUUCAAAUCCUUGCCCAAAGAUCAUUUGAUGUUAUAGGAGACAUUGCAAUCGAUGAUAUCACUUUCCGGGAUUGUGGAUUUCCAGAUCCUCCUCCAGAGGGUUGUACGUCAGAUGAGUUUACAUGUGCCAAUCUGAGAUGCAUCGUUAGAGAUCGAUUAUGUGAUCUCACAGACGACUGUGGAGAUAUGUCGGAUGAAAUCAAUUGCGAAACCUAUGAGCGGUGCAGUUUUGAGAAUGGAAUUUGUAGUUGGACUCAGCUAACUACCGAUGAAUAUGACUGGAGGUAUUACUCUGGUAUUACACGUACCCCAUGGACUGGGCCAGCCAGGGAUCACACCACUGGUCUUCCUGCAGGUUACUACAUCUACCUGGAAGCAAGUGACGCCCAACCCGGCGAUAGGGCACGACUUGCAUCUAGAACACUCACUUCUGUGACGUCAUCAGGUUGUUUCUUGAGAUUCUAUUACCACAUGUUUGGAGAUGAUAUUGACCAGCUGAAUGUGUACACAAGGCAAGCAAUCAAUGGUCCAUUGACACGUAUCUGGAACAGAGAAGGAGAUAUUGGGGACUAUUACUUGAGAGCUGAUAUUGAGAUUGAUUCUCCUCAGUACCCUGUCCAGGUAAUCAUUGAGGCUACACGAGGGGCUGGUAUAUACGGUGACAUUGCUAUUGACGAUACAAGCUUUACCCCUGGGUGUGUCUUUAGUGACACACCCCUGGCAACCGUCUCCACCGUGGCUCCUACCCAACCCCCUACCCUGCCAUACUGUCCUCCCGACACAUUCCAAUGUAACAAUGGAACUUGCUUGGAUGUUCAACAGAGGUGCAAUCUCGAGAACGAUUGCCUGGAGGGGGAAGAUGAAAUUAAUUGCGGUGACUGUGACUUUGAGCUUGAUACAUGUGGAUACACUAGCAUCCCGAAUGGAGAGUACCUGUGGACACGAAUCCAAGCGAGUGACGCAAUUAGUGGGCGUGGUCCAUCCGUAGACCAUACCAAGGAUAGUGGAGAUGGUUAUUACAUGUUCGUUGAUAGUACUUACGGAUUAUUUGGAAUGACUGCACUUCUGAUCAGCCCUGUUGUUCUUGGCGAAGCUGGCUCCAGGUGUGAGUUGGAAUUCUAUUAUCACAUGCUUGGUGGUCAGGUGGGGUCUUUAAGCGUCAUCAUAUAUGAAAAUGGUUAUCCUGAUGCAUCAUGGGUAAUGGCAGGUGAUCAAGGGUCAAGCUGGAACCGAGGGUCAUUAAUGGUUGGACCACACGAUGCAGGGCAGUAUUAUGCUCGUUUUGAGGCCUCACCAGGAGUUGGUUUUGAUGAAACAACUGAACCAACAGACAUUGCCCUCGAUGAUAUCAGGUUUAUUAACUGUGGUAAAUCAGCAGACCUCGAUUGUAACUUUGGAGAGGCAGCAGGAACACUGUGCGGCUGGAGCCAGAAUGUAGAUACCGAUACAGUUGACUGGACCUUGUUCAAAGGAAGGACACCAACGGGCUACACUGGGCCACAGUUUGAUCAUACUGAUGGUCUAGGCUAUUAUGUCUAUUUGGAGACAUCUUAUUUAGUAAAUGGCGACUUUGCUCGUUUGGAGUCUGGUAUCCUCAGAUCGACUGAUGAUCAACCGUACUGUCUUUCGUUCUGGUAUCUAAUGUAUGGUUCUACUGUUGGCACGUUCAAGGUUUUCAAGAGAGAUACGGACACCGAAGAUGAGGUUCUUGUGAGUAUAAACCCUGAUGAAUACAACACGGUUGUCCAGUAGUGUAGUCACAGUGUGUCCCAUUA